AUGCGAAGUCGUCUCGGGAAGCAUAUUAUAGCCGAAUCAAUUCUUCGGGAUCUGCCUCAUUCAUGCUCCGAUGUCCGAAAACACGCAGCUGACGAUUCGGCCGACCGUAUAUUUACACAAAUCAACCACAAAGUAAAUCCGACCUUUGAAGCCGAGGAAAAAUCAAGACAACUGCUGGAGAAGGCAGUAGCCGACAUACAAGAUCAGCCAGGAUUGGCAAGUGAAUUCCUGUAUAAGCCGGUACGACCUUACCUCCGACUCAGGGCCAAACCAAACACUAAGAAAGCGUUCGUCGAGAUGUUGCGUGAUGUCAUCAUCAGCCCUUCAGAUAGACGUCGACCGGUGGUUGUAGUGGACGGGGCUAAAAACUGGACGGCACCGAAAACCUUCUCGUUUGAGUUCUUCAAAGGUAUUUAUAGCGAGAAUAGUCCGGCCCUGGAGAGCAAGGGCUAUAAUUGCCAAUUUUUCCCUUACCAAACAGAGUUCGCCAAUUUAGCCGAAGUUUUCCAGAUGGAGCCAGAAAGGAUAAAAAAUACUGACCACUCAAAACCUUGGUAUAUCGGAUGGAGCAACUGUGACUUUUCAGCAGCAAAUAUUUUAAGGAAACACUACUCCAAACCAUACUUUUUACCUAAGUCUUCAGAAUCAAGUAAGACGGAUUGGAUCUUCAUGGGAACUCCAGGAUAUGGUGCACACAUGCAUGUGGACAAUGUAGGAAACCCUUCAUGGCAGGCCCAAGUGACUGGACACAAGAGAUGGUCAUUGAUGCCACCCCCAGAAUGUUAUUUUGACUGUAAACAUUCUCUGGAAGUCAUUGUUAAUCCAGGAGAAAUAAAAAGAAGUCUGGUUACUCAUGGAGUAAGUAUGAUUUUUAAAACCUGA